ACUGUGCUCCCACACGCACGUGCACACAGACAGACACACACACACACACACACACACACCAUCAGGGCUGAAUGUCAGUCUUCUCUCUGUUGAAACUUCACACUCGACACAGCUACACGUCUUUUAUUUUUCUUCAAUUCAAAGGAUUGUUUCAUGGCUUCACUCUGAGGAAAAACACAUUUUGUGUCGGAUCCGAGAGGCCAGUAACAGCAGCUGGUCAAGUGUGACCCGCAGAGGAGUCACACACAAUGUAAACCAUCACCUGUGGAAACAUGAAGUGAGCAGUCUCAGUGGACAAUAACAUGAAUGUACGAUUUAUGCUGCUCACAGAGACUGUGGUGCCCCAGUCCCUGCUCCUUGAGAUCUUUUCCCACACAGGUUUGAGCACAGCUGUUCAAAAACUGCAAUGUCGUCAAAGAUGCAGAUCUCCAGCAGCAUAGCUCAGACCAGGCGGACGGUGCAGCAGCUGAGGAUAGAGGCCAGCAUCGAGAGGAUAAAGGUGUCUAAGGCCUCGGCCGACCUCAUGCGCUACUGUGGAGAACACGCCAAGAAUGACCCGCUGCUAAUGGGCAUCCCUGCCUCUGAAAACCCUUUCAAGGACAAGAAGCCGUGCACUGUUUUGUAGGGGAACUGAGCUGAACUCCUGCUGCUUGUCCUUUUUGAUGUUUGUGUGGAAAAGAUCUGAUAGUAAUACUGUUCGCUUCUUGCCUUAAGGCCAGCGUAUCCCUAUUCAUUUUCCCCAUGCCUGCUGCAGUUGAUAAGGAAUGGAUUCAGUCAGAUAGCAGCUACACCAAAGAAACAGGUGUAAAUCUGAAGCCGUGACCUCUGAUCAGAACUUUAGCUCAAACAAAGGUGAAUACAAGUUUGAAUGGAGGCUGAGCUGUGAUUUGUCCUUCUCUGUGCUGUUAGCUGAUAAGAUCUAGAGGAAACUGUGCCACCAAGGGAGAGUCCCUGACUCUCUAAUUAUCACAGCGUGUAUAAACAAGCCCCCUCAAUCAUUGGUCCAAUCAGAUUUAGGCUUUCAGCUUUCACCUCUCACUUUCAUCUGGCUCGCUGUGGGAAACGUUUUUUGUAGUUUGUGUGCUUGUGAUAAUGAGCGCCUGAGAUAAUGGCGUCCUGUGGUUGGACUAGUAAACUGUGCUGUCCAUCACACAGGAGGACAAAUAGAAAGAGCAGAAGUCCAGUGCCACUGCUCCUGUGAUAUUAUUCACAGGAGCAGUCAACACUUGAUUUAAAAUGUUGAUCAGAUUUUCAUUUUUUGGGGCUCUGUUGGGAUAGAGUGUCAAACACUUUUUAACAACGAGUUGAAUAAAUAUUUGUAUUCUGCCACUUUCCGUCUAGCUCGCAGCUAAAUCACCAACACUGGACACACUCAUCUGAAUCCAGUGCAAAGCCAUUAAAUACCAUGAAUACGCUGUCUAAAAGUGAUGAGUCAUUUUUCUUUUCUAAACAAUCUGGCAGUUUUUUUUUUAUUUUUGAUGAUGAAAACAUGAUGUCCGAUCGUCACACACAUAUUUAAGACCAAUCUGUGCCAUUUAAUCACUGUCACUAUUAGAUUAUUAGACCUCUGGUCCCCACCACAGAACUGUUAUUGUCAUUAUUAUUAUUAUUACCUGCAGUUUCUCUCCACAGAGCUGAGGAUCAUUACUGUACUCUUACUUUACGAUUGCUGUACUCUUUAGGCACUUUGAGACCUGUAAACACCAGAUGACUGUUAUACUCUUGAGUUUGAAACAUUCCACGUUUACAGCUGCUCCAAAUCCUCUUGGCUGUAUUCAUUUGUGUGUUGGUGCUUGUGCAAAUCAACUAAUAUUGCAAUUUUGCCAGCCAGGGCCUUAACGAUGAAGUAAUCCUGCCUCAACCUUUUGACUACCUUAUAGUCACACAAGUGCUGUUGUGUAACACUGUGAAUAAUAAAGGCCCUUCAGGUGAAGGGAGUAUAUCUGACAAUAGGCUAUUUACCCUGUGUAUGACGUCCUACUUCUAAAUGACUCACGUAUGUCCAUGUAUCACAGUAUGCGCUUGCUUGUAACUGUCUAAUGUACUUUCUGCAGGAUUGGACUGAUUCAGUAAAACAUCAACUCUCAAUUUCUGUUUUGCAACAUGAAUCAACUUUUGGAUUAAAAGUGAAUGUGUCGUUUCGGUUAAUUGUGUGUUUUGUUGAUUUGUAGUGAUUAAAUAUUAUUAGAAAAAGCAGCUGGUUCCUCACACAUGGUGAGUAUGGUAACUACUUACUUUAUGUCACCUUCUGCCUUUACCUGGCUGUGGUAAGUGCAAAUAAACCUAUGGAAAACAAA